AUGCCUAGAUUACGUAAACAAUCAUCUUUGCAACGCCAAAGGCUAUCGACAAAUCGUGUAAAUGAAUUCCGCGAACGCAAUCCAUCUGACAGGCUUAGAAAUGCUAUAUCUAUAGCAGCAAGGAGGCAAGAUGUCAAUUUCCGGGAAGAAGAACGGGAAAGAGAUCGAGUUUCUCGCCAAUUGAGGAGACAUAACUCAUUUAACCGAAGAGUUGAACAAAUAGCUUGUCGUCAGGACGAAACAUACAGAUUGUCUGAGCAGCAGAGGAAUACCGCACAACGCUCUGUUCGUCGGGAAGAUGUUUCUCAAAGACAAGUUGAACGCGAUAGAGAUGCAAUAAGCCAUCGAGUGUAUCGCCAUGAUGAAGUUUAUAGACAGUUAGAGCGAGAGAGGGAUGCGUUAAAUCACGAAGUUCGCCGUCAGGACGAAGUAUCUAGACAAUUCGAACGAGAAAGAGAUUCUCUAAACCACCAAGUUCGUUGGCAGAACGAAGGACGUAAUGAGAACUACAGACAAAUAGAACGUGAAAUGGACUCACAACGUCGCAAUGUGCAAAGACGCGAUAUAACAUAUCGCACAAUCGAACAAGUUCGUAACACUCAACAACGUCGCGAAGCGCGACAAAAUGCUAGUCUUGAAUCUCAAGAGCAGAAUAGGAUUAGAAAUUGUCGUGUGCUAAUCCAUCGGAUGAAUCCUUACAAUCGUGAGGAAGAAAAUAACCAUCAGUCCGAGAGAAAUGCUGUCAUUAGACAGAACCUUUCGCCAGAAUCCCGCAGGGAAAUGUUACAAGCAGACUCCAUAAGACAUAGGUCACGACAAUUGCGCGAGUUCUACGAAUUAAUCAGAAAGGGAUACAAUCGCCAAUGUGCUGUGAGAGGUGCUGUUACAGAUACAACUGUAAACGUACUUCCGCGAGCAGUCAAUCAAACUGAAGUUGUGCAGGUUCACAUUAAACGUAGAUUGCAAUACGAACACAGUUUCAUGACAGAAACCAUAAGACCAGCAAAGAUUUUCGAAGCCGCAAGAUAUCUAAUAAAUACAGAACUCUACAGAAAGCACAACAUAGUUCUUUCUAAUGAGUGGCUAAAUAGCAUGAAUUGUACAGAAGAAUGUCCCUUUGUUUCUAAUGUGGAAGAUUUAGAGUUUGUAUCCCGAUUAAGUAAUACUAAUUUCAUACAGGAUGAUGUUGAAGAAGUAAAUCCACAAGAACCAUUAUUAGACAAUAAUCCUGUCGAAAAUGUACCAUUGCAGAGAAUUUCCAUUGCUCCUGGUGAGGGACAACGACCAUUAGACAUGCUUUUGGAUGAGGACUCUGAGGAACUGUCCUAUCCUAUAAUAUACUGCGGUGUAAAAAGAAAUUGCAAUGCUACAAUUGGUAAAAUUAUUAAGUCCGAGGUUUGA